ACCUCUGCAUCGUCUGAAGGGGCCCAUGUUUGUGGCUGUAGUUUUCCAAAUUCUCCGCUUCCCCCCCCAAAAAAAAACCAUCUUUUACAUUUAUUUCUUCAUUGAAAAUUGUUGACGAAAAAUGAGAGGCCGCGGUCCGGCGGGGGAACGUGGGGUGUGAGGCAACCUGACUUUUGUUUAAAGUGGAUAGGACAAGUUGCAAUGAUGAGUGACGCUUUGGAAAAUGGUUUGUUCGAUAUCCCUGACAAUGAAGAGUUAGAAGAUGAAGUAUUUCCUCCGCUUCCUCCUCCAUCGUCACCUGGCCAACUGGGAUAUGGUGAACCUCUCGCUGAUGGUGAAGAGGAAGCUGAACAAGAGGGAACUCAAUCCAAGUAGCCUGUAGUACUCAUGAAAAGUGUAAGAAGGCCACAGCCGAAACUGGAUGCUCAGCGAUUGACUUCAGAUCGAGGAUUGCCAGCUUUACGAAAUUUGUUUGAUGGUGUCCGCUUCAAAGGCAAAGGACAUGAGACCUGCUUGAAGAAAAUUCGACUUGAUAUCCCCAUCACUACUGAAGACUUUACUUCUAAUGAAGCUGUGGAGAAUGAGGACUGGCUCCAAACUGAUAAUUUUGAAACUUCAUUCAAUGCGAUGCCAAGCCAGCCAGUUGCAAAAUCAACUCCUUGCCCCAGCACACUCUCGGAGGAACAACAGCUUCGGAUCGAAAGGAAUAAACGGCUUGCACUUGAGAGACGACAAGCAAGACUCCAGUUGACAAAUCAAACCCCCUCCAAUGAUCAAGGAGAUUCCCAGUGCUUGAGUCAAUCCAUGGAGGCAAAUGAAACUAAGAUGGUGCUUGAUUCUGAUAUGCUUGAAGAUGAAAAUGUAAAAAAUAAAACUCCAAAAGAGGUAACCAAAACGGCACCUUCUGAGCCACUUAGUGAAUUUCAAGUUCCAACAGAUGUCAGUCUCGCUGUGGAAACUCCAAAAGACUUGGAAGAGAUAAACAAAAUAAUUGACUCUUAUGAACCAACAGACAAUUCUGAAACCACAGAGGGGCACUGA